AUGCUGUUACUUCGAUUGGUUCUUUCUACGGUGAUAUUGCUCACAGGAACGAGAGCUCAGGAUGUAAAUGUCGAUGAUUAUACAGAUAAUAAUAACAAUAAUAAUGCCACUGCAGUAGACGAUAAUACGCAGGCUACUAAUCCUGUCACAAGUGAAAGUACUUAUCAACAGACGACUUCUGCCAAUGCAGGUGAUCCUCUCGUAAGUAAUACAGCAUCAGCCCCCGCAACCGACGUUGAUACACUUCAAUCUCCUAGCUCUUCAUUGACUGCUCUGACAUCAAUUUCUUCUCUGGUUGUGGCCCCAUUGUCUUCUACUUCAUCCUCAUCCGUAAUAUCGUCACUACCAUCCUCAUCUUUGUUGAUCAGUAGUACUUCUUCCUCCGUUCUUCCAUCGUCGUCAAGCAUAUCAUCGACGUAUUUUACUUCAUCUUCCUCCUUAAUUUCUUCAUCAUCGUCAAGUUCAAUUUUACCUUCACUAGUUUCUUCCUCCUCUUCUAUUUUAUCUUCCUCGACUUACUAUGUUAUGUCAUCUUCAAGUGCUUCUUCUUCGAGUUCUACAUCAUCAUCAAGAAGUUUACCAACGACCACCACAUCACGUUCAGUCUCCUCUACAUCAAACUCAUCACAACGACCAUCAUCAUAUACAAAUUCUUCUUCUUCUUCUUCAACGACAUCCUCCUCAUCAUCAUCAUCAUCAUCAUCAUCGUCAAGAUCUUCGAUAACUUCGUCGUCUAUUGGUAUAACCACCAUUGCUUCUGAUAGAAAACGAACAUUGACCAGUGUUGUCGAAGGUAAAACAAUCCUUUCAAAUUAUUACACUACCAUAACGCUUAUGCCAAGUGCCUCAAGCACAGCUAGUGUAAAAAAACAUACAGAUGGAUCUCUUUCGAAGAAAAAUAGAAAUAUCGUCCUUGGUUGUUGUCUAGGGAUAGGUAUUCCAUUGGUGUUGAUUGUUGCAUUAUUUAUUUAUGUUACUUGCAUACGAGCCAAAAAGAUCGAUUUUAUUGAUUCAGACGGGAAAGUCGUUAGCACUUAUAAGAUGAAUAAAUUCAAAUUGUUCUGGUAUUUCCUGAUGGGAAAAAGUGUUAAUAGUAUGGAAAAUACCGAUGACCAUCAUUCUACUAACUUUAAUGAGAAAAAUAUUAAUGAUAGAUCGGCUUCACCCGAUAAUUUUGAUAAUAGCAGUAGUCAACUUUCAAAUAAUAGUUUGGUUGAUUCCCCAUUGAGUAACCAACAAAAUUAUCAAAGUUUCUUUAAUGAAGGUCCAUUUAAUUCAAACGAACAAUAUUAUAAUUUUACUCAUGCUCAAGAAGAAAGUCCAGAUGAUAAUACUGGAUAUGCAUUUAAUGAUAAUUCUACUUUCGGCAGUGCGCAAUAUAGUGCUAGCGGGUCGGAUUCACCAAGAGUCCUAAAUAUCGCUAAUCCAAGUUAA